CCCCAAGACACUCGUUGACACACAUCUGCCGCCACCCGCAUCCCCUCGCUGACGCUGACUGAGCCCCGAAGCGGGGAGAAGACUACUACGAGGUAGCCAAGCUGUCGAGGUCCGGGUCGCUGUAAACAUUCCCCCGGAGACGCCGCCGCCCAAACAAUCGCUGCGCCGCUGCACCGCUGCACCGCUGCACUCAACAACAACACCGCCUGGCACCGCCAAUGCGCCCAGGGCCUCAUGCCCGCCUCGCCGCUGCCCGCUGACGCCGAGGACGCAGCGAGCCCAAAAAAAAAUGGUUCACCAGGCAAGAAGCAGGCGACGAACAACAUGAACGGCAACGAGUUCGCAAAGGCCAUUGGCAUCAACAAGCCCGCCAACGUGCGCGACAAGAUCAAGAGGUGGCAGCAGGACGGGGGCGCCGACCCUGUUGUCGCCGGAGCAGAGAAUGCAGCGCCAUCCGCAGAAGUCGAGCCCAAGACGGCGAAGCCCAAGUCGCAGCCAACAACGCCUAAGAUGAAGCCAAUGGCCGACAAACCGGACUGGAAGCCGGCGCACACACCGACCAAGUCGGCCGACCGAAGCCCGGAGCGGCCGGACAGCGCAAAGAAGACACCGCUUGCACACAACGAGCUCGACGAAGACGUGCAGAGCGCCGUCGCGCCUAAGAAGCGCGUUGUGAGCGACUCACACUGGCGCGCGAAGCAGUCGCCGCCAAAAGACCCCUCCCGUCCUGCACCCAAAGUCAUACCCAACGCCUGGGUGCGCCCCUCGCGCAUUGUCAAGAAAGACAAGCCAGUCAUACCGGAAGAGGUCACAGCCGCACCGCCAACACCGCAGAUACCACAGUCACCACCCCUACCGCAAACACUCGCCACCUACAUCAGCAAGAGCACAGGGCAGAAGAAAGGCAGCCAGAGGCAAAGACGGCCAUCGAAGCCCUCGAGCGCUGGAAAGAGCUCUGGGAACGAGGAGCGCCCCGUCAGCAGUGGGUCUGGCAGUGCAAAGGACCUCACUGGCGUAGAAGUAAUAGUGGAGCCCGAGUCUCCCAGGCGCGAGAGGGAGGGGACAGAGAUCGUGAAGGUGCGGCGUAGGAAGACGAAGACGUCCCCUCGAGGCUCCCUCUCAGCUGAGGACGCUGAGCCUGUCAAGCACAGACCUGCCCGCAAGUCGGAGCUCGCUCCAGCCCCCGAGGAUCUCGCCAACCUCGUCACAGUCGAGUACGCAGAGUCAAGUGUGGUCGAUGGGCCAAACCACAGAGUCACAUCACCACGAGCAGACGAGUUACGGGAAAGGCGGAGAAGGCGACGGCCGAAGAGCCAGCCUGGAACUGACGAUGAAGGCUUCAGAGAGUCCACACGGCGACAUCGCAGGACCAAGACCGACACAGUCGACACGGAGAAGGAAGAAGUCAUGCGAGAGUUGCGCGCGCAGCAGCCAAGACCGUUGUCACCACCCAACAAAGUUUUCGCAAGCCGACUGGAGGCCUGGCUGGACCGCACCCAGCAGAUGCAGGACGAAGCAGAACAGCCAGGGCGGCGCCCACCGCGCCGCAGGCGGAGAUCGAAGGAGUCGGCCCAAGAAUCUGUGUCUGCACUCGAUCUCUCAGCGACAGUGAGGACCGAAUCAUCAGUCAUCACUGCCUCCACGGAAAGCAAGGAUGAGCCAGCACCGGCUGAGCCAGCACCGGCUGAGCCAGCACCGGCUGAGCCAGCACCGGUCGAGCCCGCACCGGUCGAAGAGGCAAGGCCGCGCAGCAGCGGUAGUGGCAGUGGCAGUGGCAGUGGAAAUGGCAGCAGGCGCAGGCGAAGGCGUCGCAGCCACGAGCAGCGGAAAGCAUCUCGCGAACUGAAGAUUGAUACAAGCGCUGUCGCUGUGGGAGAUGCGGCCUCUUCUGUAGUAUCCGACGAUACUGCUGCAACACCUGUGCCCGGGAAGACCGAGACCGAGACCGAGCCUGAGGUGCCGCUUUCUCCCACGCCGACAUUGAAGCGUCGCGGCGCAAAGCGCAGCCAACACGCACGCUCCAAGAGCCGUUCGAUGUCUUCCCCACUGCGCGAGAGCAUGUCGACAGAUGAUCUGGCGAAGGAAGAUGAAUGGAGAGCCGCUUCUGUUGCCUCUUCUGCACCUUCGUCAUCGGUGGAUGCAUCGACCAUGGACUUUGAGCAAAUCUCGCUGAAACCACAUCCUCUCGUAGUACAGCGCCAUUUUCCAAUAAGAGGCAAGCGUCUGUCUACUAUUGCAUCGGUCGAUUCGUUACCGAGCAAAGUGCAGCCAGCUCCUGCACCAGAAGUUGCGGGCUCAGAGCUGAGCGAGUCGGUGUUCAGCGACGACAGAACAGUUUCUGGUGCGACUGCCUCCGAAGUUGGUUCGCAACUGAACGAAACAUCUACAAUCGUCAGUCGCAGAAGUACAAGGAAGAACAGGCUCGCCAGUCACGCGGACUUGAUAUCGGUGUUGUCGAUGCCCAAGGCAGGGGCGAAGAGCAUAGUGUCUGCGCGCAGCAUACGAACCAACAGGAGCCGCCUGGCUACUGCCACAAUCCCUGACAUAAUGAGAGAACUCGCUUCCGACGAAGCCAAAUAUAUGCGGGAGCUGCGCACCAUCGUCGACGGUGUCAUUCCUGUUCUGCUCAGCUGCGUUCUCUCAAAGACCGACUCCGCCGUCGCCGCCGGUCUCUUCUCUCGCUCUGCCAAGUCUGACCCUAGCGAGGUCACGAAGCCCAUCAUGGAUAUGGGUGUCUGCCUCGAGCGACUAAAGACACUGCACAAACGUGUGCCUAUGGAAGAACCAGACAACUUUUUCUCAUGGGCUCAGAGCGCACAACGGGUGUACGGCGAUUACAUCAACGUAUGGCGUCUUGGUUUCCAAGAUGUUGUUAUCAGCCUUGCUCCUGCCGAUGACGACCCGUUCAAACCAGCAAAGAUCGUGAAUGGUCCGGACGAUGGCGCCCCUUGGGACGAGGGUAUGCCGCGCAAUGCUGAAGGAUACGUUGUGAAUGGCGAUGGCGAACGAGUCGAUGUUGCAUACAUGCUGAAGCGGCCGUUGGUGCGGUUGAAGUACCUGGCGAAGACCUUGAAGGGCCUCAAUCACGUCAGACCCUCCGAACGCGCAGACAAGAUAUCAGCCACUUUCCAAGAUCUUGUUGCAGCCGCAAGAAGGAGGUCCAACGAUGAACAAGCUCGACUCGAAGACGAGGCUGCCGCCAGCAUUGACGCCACACGCGCUCGCGAUCCUCGAAGUCUGGCACCGCUUGCUGGCGUGCGAAUUGAUACUGCUCGGUGUGUACGAGCUAGAGAUUACUUCGAUAUGUAUCUGUACCACUCCAGUGGUCAAGAGCUUAGUUGUCGCGUUGAGCUACUACUCCGCGAUAAUGCACCCGGCACAGGUCAGGGAGGAGAUAUCCUGCUGUGCGAAGUCGAUCCUACGGGACGAUGGCUACUGCUUCCACCUAUCCAGCAGGGUCGUGUGUCUGCUCGCAACGGCGAUAUGAAGGGUGAGAUCGUUGUUAUGAUCCGUGGCAACCAAGCUGAUGGGUCUGAAUGGAGCGAAGUGAUGUCACUUACAAUCGAUGAUGAGCAAGCUGGCUUUGAGUGGGUGCAAAUGCUUGGCCUGACCCCUAUCCCACCGCCAAUUUCCGAGAUCAAGCGAGACCAGAUGGUACCAGGCCAAAUAGCAAGACCCACAAGCAGCCAUGGUUCCUCCUUGGUGUCCGCAGCAACAGCUUCGACUGUACCCUUCAAGAGCAGGACACCAAGCCCUCAUGAAGUCGAGAUUCCUAUCGGCGAACAGCACACAGAAGUUUCAAAGGUCUGGAACUACGACACGCCUGACAGACGCCGAGAGUCACGCACCGUGUCACCGAUUACGCCACCAAGUGGUGACGGCUCCCUUGCAAGCAGAAACCAUGAUGCAAGCGACAUCUCCCCACCAGAGCCACAAACGCCUUUGGGCAUGGUGCGACGCACUAGACGUCCUGAAGAAGACCCAGACAGAACACCACGAAGCAGCUUCGACGACGCAGCGCGCUCGGACAACACUGCAUCGCCCACAGGGCUGAAGCGCACAAAAGCGAAGAGACUGUCAAGGACUGUGACAUCAUCGCCUGUCUCACAGCGACCCUCACGUCAGAUCACUCUUGACGAUCCCAUCGAGUUUGUAGAGGAGCCCAAGCCAAUUCAAAGCCGUGAGGCUAAGAUCGUCGAAGAGGAGAAGCAGCCGCGCCGCAAAUCAACGAAGCGUCGUGGUAAGAACUUCAGUGUAUGGAUGCCAACAUCCGAGGUGGACUACUCGGACAAGUCCGACGAAAGCGAACAAUCUGUCGAAGAAGAGUCUAUCUCGCCCCCAGGCUCCCCACCGCGACCGCAAGCACACAGGCGGGUAUCGUCGACACCAUCAAUGGAGCUACCAUCCAUCCCAAGGCUAAGGAAGUCGAGCCAGCCCUCAACACCAUUGCGAGAGGCUGCAAACGCCGACGAACUGCCUGAGCCACCCGCCUCGGCGCCGCCAAAAAUGGGCAAGCCUCCUCCCAAGACUCGCGCGGAAGAAGACGAUGAUGAUGCACCACCAGCUCCUCCUCCGCACCGAUCGCCCAGUCCAGCUACACCCGUUACUCUAAAGGGCACCAAGACACCCAAUUUCACGCCGGUACUGCCCGGGUGGAAGACAAAGCGGCGGUCAUCUUCGCCUCUCAAGCACGAGUACGAACCAUCGACCUGCACCGAAUCGUCUAGUGAGAGCGAAGAAGAUGUUGUAUCCGAGGAUGAUGCAAGUUACUCAGAUGACGCCAGUCUGACAUCCGACUCCUCAGAGGGUGAACGCGAUGAUGAUGUCCCAACACCGUUGAUGCCACUCAACUAUACCGCACCCCGAAGCUACGCCACACGCCCCUCUUCUGCUGGUAGGGAUACUACUCCGCUCGAACCAUUACCCGAAGAAACGAGAGAGUUUCCGAAGGUGUCGCCGCCCGCUUCAAUCUAUACCCUGCCAAACGGUACGAUCACCCCAUCUCAGUCUGCAUCGAACCAGCCCUACCGCGCCGUUCCAACAAACUCUGGCAAGGCUACCAAGGCAAUUGCAUCCAUCUUCUCUUGGUCAGAUGCUGGAAGGUGGGACAGUCUGCACCCAGAUGAGUGCAGCAUCGUCGUUACACCCGGCAAGAUUGAGGUGUUUGAAAUCACGGCGACACACGCUAAGCCACUCGUGUCCGAUGGCGAUGAGAUUCUACAGCCAGGAGGACGCGCUCCCCUUAUUGCGGUUGAGCUUACCCCUCUGGUUCCCCUGCGCAAGUCAACAGCCAUCGACAUCUCCAUUCGUUCGCCACCAACACCCGACUCACGCAUUACCACUGGCAACAACAUCAUGCUGAGGAGCCGUAAUGCUACUGAGUGCGCGCAGCUAUAUGCCAUGAUCAAUCAGUCCCGCAUCAACAAUCCAACCUACCUUGCUCUGCAGAACGCUCGAGGUCCGUAUGGGCAGACAAGCUGGGCAGAGGCAAUGGAUCGCCGUAACGAAGCAAGAACUAAUGCUUCCUCGGGGUCCGGAUUGUUUGGAGGCACAUUAGGCAGGAGGAGCAGCUACAGAAAGUCAAGCACACGCGCUGCCUCCAUCUCUGCCGCUACGGAAUCCUCGGUAGGUACCAUGGGUACCGCAAUGCGAUCCGCACUUAGUCGUUUCUCCUUCGGCAAGGGCGGCAUGUUCAGCGUGCGCAAUUCGACGCUCGGGUCACGAUCACUCAACAGCUUCGACACCGGGUCUAGCGGAUCCCUACCUGGUUCAGGCGCAUCAUCGCCCAACGGACCUGGUGGAGCAGUUGGCGCACCGGCAGGCCUCACAAACACAAAGUGCAGGCUAUACGAGCGAGAGAGUCUGAAGAAGUGGCGUGACAUGGGCGGUGCGAGACUUACGAUCAUGCUACCGAGCCCACACCCAAGUGCGCCAGGCAGCCCCAAUCCUCUGCAGCGCUCUCCCGGCAUACGAGACCACACACAAGAGCGCCGCAUUCUGGUGACUAGCAAGAAAGAAGGGCAGACAUUGCUCGAUGUGACGCUGUCGGAGACGUGCUUCGAAAGAGUCGCACGUAGCGGUAUCGCAGUGUCUGUAUGGGAAGACAAUGUUGAUGAGAGUGGGCAAGUGGGACAAGUUGCGAAGACAGGUGGCGUCAACGGCGCAAGAGCAAGGGUCUUCAUGAUCCAGAUGAAGAGUGAGAGAGAAGCUGCGUACUGCUUCUCAUUACUGGGCAAGAUGAGGUACUAAGAGGAGGAUGACUACAGGGCGAAAGGGCGAUAUGAGGCGACAGUCAUAUACACGGCACCCACACCAGACCGACAUGUUCAGUUUUGAUUUCAGCGAGCGCGGCGUUUACAGAUGCAUCUUGGCUUCCGCGAUACCAGUACCAUAUCUACGCAACUACAUUUCCUUGAGUUAUAUUCGAGAGGCAGCAAUCUACGAAUACCUUCCUUCCGCCAUGGAUUUUCGAAGCGGCUUUAUCAUCUAUGGUUUUCGUUUAGCAGCAUAUAUGGGAGCGUUUUUGGUGGACUUAGUGCACAUAACAUUUCGAGUGCUUUUGUUUCAGAUGUACUUAUAAAAGGUGCGUGGAUGGCGGGAAACGUGGGAGAAGAAGAGUAAUGGUGGUACAUGGAGGAUUGUUGCACGUCGACGGAGAGGGAUGAGAGAGAGGUAGAUAAUGAAGAAUGAACAUCAAAGUGUG